UAAAUCAGGCUUUGGGGAGAUACUGCUACUGCUGUUGUAUGAGAAUACUGGUGGUCAGAUAUUUUCGUGUUCUGCUUUCUGCUGUGGUUUGUGUAUUUCUUUCCAAAAGAAAGUCAAGAGGACAUAUUCACGAUGGUGUUUUGGGGUUCAUCGCUGUUUUUCAAAUUUAAUCCCAACAGAAUUUACCAACCAGGACCAUCAAAGUUCUGGAGGAGACGUCGCAUUCUCCGAAUGAGUGCGCAUCAUUUCGGAAGAAGGAGGAAUUGUUAUCGUUUAGCAUUAAGAUCUGUGCAGAAAGCUUUGGUUUAUUCCACCAAGGCCCGUAAGCUGAGGUGCAAUGACUUACUCAAGCUGAACGGACAACGAUUAGCUAGUGCGUCAGAGGAGUUAGGAACAAAUAUCCGAGUAUUGAGGAUGGGUCUCCAUCACGCAAACGUGUGCCUCGACAAUCACAUGCUUGCUGAUCUUUCAAUUUGGGAACCAAGAACAUUCCAGGCCCUCAGCAAUUUUGCGUGGAAUAAUUACACCUCCCAAGGACUUGGAGAUAUUCAUGAUUUAGGAAGCCCUCCAGAAGGUGUCAUUUUGCGUGGGUACAAAAGGCAAUGAUCUGCUGUUUGUGAAACGUGUAGAGCCUUUGGUCAAUCUUCUUAGUUAUAUUUUUUUUUUCCUGCAAAUAAUUUUUCUGUUUAAAUAAAGAUUGUUGGUGUA